CGUAAGUCCAUCGUGCCUCUGGGGUGUGGUACGACUUUCAAGUGUGACUUGGUAAGGCGAUGUAGUUUGGAUAAUUCCCGCUUGAAAUUUGUGCAGUUUCCUUCCUCACAAGUGCGAUUUGAAGUGGAAAUUUCGACGCGGUAACAAUCUUGGACUAAUGGUGUUCUUUUUGUGUGAUUUUCAGGAUGAAUUGAAGCCCAUUUGCGGAGGAAUCGAUCAACAGACUGUUUGAAGUGGAGCGGCCAUGUGAAAUGGCCGCUCUUGUAGAUUGUGUUUCGCGUCAUAUUAGUUCGCCCCAAACUCCUUUUUUAAAAUUUAUGUACACGCUUAAAUCGUGUAUAUAUUGACGAAAGAAAGUUCUUUGAGGAAAGGGUUAGCAAAGCGAGGCAGAACCCAAGAGUAAGUUGGUUGAUAUGGCCUUUCUCUUUCUCUUAUCGCAUAAAACCACCGUUCACGUUGAACUGCAAAUAAAGCGGUCUUCGCGUGGUGGUUAAAAUCACUUGCGUCCUUUGUCCUUCCUCUUUCACUUUAUCAGAAAAGAUCUCGAUGGUCUCGAAUAAUAAGCAGUCUGAAAUAAAGACUGUGUAGGAAAGGCAAAUUCCAACAGCUCAAAAGACAGCAUCAUACCUUAGAAUUUUGUACGAAGGGAGAUAUAACUUGAUACCAAGUGACCGACAGAAUUGUAGCAGUAUUCAUAACAGUGUUCCUAAACCGAAUGGAUCGGGACUAAGUCUCUAACAGUUGAGGCAAAUGUUUUACUAAAGACAUGUGGUUAUACUUGUUUUCUUGUAUAUUGCUUUUGGAGUAUUAGGAAUCGAGUGAAACUGUGUUGUGUGAAGUCGCACGCGUUUCUAAUGACUGAUCGAGUUUGUGUAAAUUUCGUUUGAGAAAUAGAUCUGUGUGCGCGUGAAGUUUUCAGUUUUUAAUUGCAAAGGGAAAUUUUCUUUUACCCUCAUCCACGAAGAUUGCCUGGAGAGUAGUAAACUUUUUCGACUAUAGAGGUCGAACGAAGUCAAACAUUGCUACGACGCAGAAUUAGAGAAAGGAAAGGUUUAUUAAUAUUCAUGAAUCCUAACAAUGUGAUAAACUCUGCUCAAUUUUUUAAAAGCAAUUUACCCUCCUGUUUAAACCACAUUCAUGAAUCUUCUACAGUAUAAUCUACAAUCGUGUAAACAUUUCCUUUGUUAUUUGCACUUAUACAAGGCUGACAACUUCUGUGCUAUUUUUCCUCCUUUUCAUUCACUCCAAAAAAAGAUGAUAAGAAAGGAACAAGAGCUUCACUUUUAUGCUUUACUUUUUACCUAAAUGUUUUACAGAAUUAAGAAUUGGGUUGUUCGUCAGAAAUUGGGCGGUGAUCACAGCGCUGUAAAUGGAAUGAGAAAAAAGAGGUCAUUUAUUACUAAACUUGACUUGUUGACUUAACCAGGCUAAUUGACAGUCCUCAGGAAAAGAAGAAUUUGAUCAUUAGUGAAAGUAGUCUUUGAGAAAGGUUUUUUGGUCUGAAGUGGUCUCUCUUAGGACAAAUGCAAAUGUCGUCAUUGUGCAGUAUUUAGGGCCUCAGAAAAUGUGCGGUUUUGCAGCAAGUUAAUUAAAUGUAUAUAGUAUAUAUUUUUAUAAGAAUGGUAAAAUAAUCAAUUCCUGUUGAAAAGAGACAAUGCUCCUUGACUGUUAGCUUAAUGAUCAUGAAUGAAAGAGUUAAAAUGCAAGAGAACAAGAAUCAUUAUGGCACUUAUUGACUUAAUCAUAACUAUAAAAAAAUUCUAAUUCUCAAAUCUGAUUGGCUAUCAACUGUCCUGAUUUCAGCACUAACAGGACAGUGUAAUAGGACAGUACACUUCAUGCCUAUGUAACUGGAAAGUACGCACUAUUGUGCGUGCAGUUAAAUGGCUUUUUUCAUUGCUAGCAAGAAAACUCUUGGAAUUUCUUGUGUUGUUUAUUUUUGAGAGGGUUAAAACAUCACAAAUUUUGUUAUAGUUAUGAUUAAUUGGUAACAGAACUUUGCGUCGUCCAAUUCGGUCUGUAAUCAUACUCGUGAUUUAACAAAUCGGACUCCCGCUACGCGGUCAUCCCAUUUUAUUAAGCACUCGUAUGAUUACAGAUGGAAUUGGACUCCACUCAGUCCUGUUACCAUUAUUUAAAUCAACGAUUUAUGUGGAAAGAACAAGCUGUAGAGAAAGCUACAGGCUUCUUGUAUGGGAUUAAGAAAAAAGCAUGUUGCAUUAUGUGUAGAUAAAAUAGUGUGGAACCUGUGUUACUGGCUACGUGUUACCGUAUUUCUUCAAUUCCUCAUGAAGUUUUGACAGUUAAAAAAAAAGAAGGCAAAAUCAAGACUUAUUGGAAGAUAGUUGUGAACGGGCAAAUGCCCAAGGCUGACAUAAAUCUACUAUUAUUCUAUUGCAAAUCAAUAUAAAAGUACUUUCUGGUGAUUUUAAUGAGGCAUUUCUUGGUGAAAUACAAAUAAUUUUCUCUACUAUCCCCAGCUGAUCAAGUAUAUGUCAGGUGACAUGAAUUGGCUUAUGGGAUGUGCAUGCUGUAGAAUGCCAGUAGAAUUUUACUUCUGUUAAUUACAGCUCUAGAGUUUUUGCAUACCAGCAUAGGUUCUGCCUAACGAGCACUUUCUAUUUGCCCUCUGGGCACUAGGCUAUUUGCCCUUUGUUAGAGACAUUAAUUUUAUUAUUUUUAGUACCAUGCAAAUGCCAUCAAAUUAAAAAAGAACACACUGAUUAUGGUUUCCGUCCAUUAUAGACAUUCAAAGUUCUCAAAAUACAUCAAAUGGCACCAACUAAGUGGAUAAAGUGCCACAUAGUGUUGGAUUAGUUUAUCUUUUUGGCAGUUUGCCAAAGUUGUAGUUGUCUUUUAUUAAUACAGUGUAAAUCAUUUGCUAAAAUGAUCAAGACUUCAUAUUGUUGGAAAGAAUGAAGACCAGUAUAUAUUACACAGAGUUUGUUUAUUGCGUGGUUAUUUUUCCUAUUAUACUUCUAACACUAUUCCUUUCUUGCUUCACAACAUGAACUGCAAAAAAGUCUUAUAAAUGUUUGCAUUUCUAAUAAUUGUUUUUUGCUUUGGUAGAGCUUAUAAUUUUUUUGAGUAUGCCUAAUUCGCAUCCUAGUUCCUUUGAAGUAAUAGGAUAACCACCGGUGGGAUAUAAUUAUUGAAAGGGGUAAAAUUUGACCCCAUAGAUAGUUUUCGCUAAUUUCUGAACAUUGCUUAAUAUAUUGUAGACAUGUGUUAAUGCAUUCAUGGACUUUGAAAGAGCAUAAUGUUCUUAAGUUUUACCUUGAUUAAGGUUCCAACAAAAUAAAACCUUCAGUUCAGUUUUUUAGAGAUUAAAAUAAUUGAGGUUUGGUUGAGAAAGUUUGUCCAACCCUUCCGAAGUAUAACAUAGCCAUUGUAUCUUCUGUUGUUUGCAAUUUUUGUAUCAUAAGAAAGGAAUGGUUGCUAUUUUGGUGUUUGAAACAUGGUUGCAGUAACUUAAGGUAGGGGUCACAAGUCAACAAGCCAUGCCUUGAACUUUUGCUUCUUUUUUCCACAAGGUUGAAAGCAGGCUUGUCUGUACGCAAUGCUUGAUACCUCUUUUUUUUAUUUUUCUAGGAAAGUUCAUGACAGAUGCCAAAAAGCAAAGGUUUUGACUUUUGAUAUUAAAAAAUAAUCUUCAGGAGAAAAACAUGGUAAGCAGUGAACUCCAUCUCUACCGAAACAGCUGAAAUACAGCCUUCAAUGUUGUCCUCUGAAGAAGCAUUUCGGUUUGCUGUUCCUUUUUCUGUCAAUUUUCUUUCCAAUUGAUGUCAUUGGUGAAAAUAUCACACGUCUUUCAAAUUGAGGACAAUGGUAGCUGGUUAUUUCAGCCAAUCAGAAAAGAGAGAAAUAUUUUGGGAUGAAUAUUAAGGGAAUUAGUCAUAAAUAAAGUAAGAUUUCUCUUAGUUGAAGAAUUCCUUCCCUUCUUUCUUACGGACACCUCGUCAAUACCUUGUUUAUCGUCUCCAGUAUUCCCUAAAUGGGGUUUUACAAUUUAGGUUAAUGGAUUAAUCAUUGUUACUAUUUUUAUUAUUAUUAUCAUUAAAUUAAUUGUUUUAUUAAGUAGCAACUUACCAAAUGCCCUUAAGCUACAGUACGAGAAAGCCUAAUUUGUCAUUCUAGAUCAUUCCUUUUUGAAAUCUUUUUAUUUUUUCUACUACAGGAAGUUAGGAUAUUGUGAGUUAUGCUGUCUGCACAUUUUCUUUGGUGUGAUUGUUAAUUACUUUUACUUAACAGCAUUUUAGGAUAAUUUUACACAACAAAAUAUAUAAAUUUUUCAUUUGAUAUGUUUUAGAGCACAUCUGGUGGUGAACCUCGCACCCUGUUGAAUGCACUUAGACCAAUGCUGGGCUCUUUUGGAGACAUCAAAACGCCACAAGAAGUUGUACGAGUAAUCAGGUAAUUAUUACGUUCUGUAGGCACUCAACUUUUUGCCUCUAACUCCUUUCAUUCUUCCUUUACAACUUGUGAUAGUAUUUAAUUGGCCGUUUUUGAAUUAGAGAUUGUAAAUAAAUUAAAGAAUUGUAAAUUCAAAUCAAUUGCAUCAGAGCCUUUUUGGCUUAAUUAGCUUUCUGCUAGACAUUAAUAAUAAUUAUUACUUUCAAGUAUUUUCUUGAUUUAAUGCUGGGGUGUCUAAAAAAAAAGCAUGGAUCUAAAAGGUGAAGUUUUAAUAUACGCCAUAUGAUUUUUUUUCAGUAAGAUCUAGGUACAUUUAAUGGAAACGUAUAUGUCUGCCAAAGUUUUAGAACAAUAUGUUGAGGCCCCAAAUAAGUAAUAUUAUAUUAAAUAACACACAGUAUAUUUUCAUUUGCAGUUUAAUGCGAGAUGCUGAGAAGCUGAUGAGUCGGUGUAUUUACUUGAAUAUUCUUAAAGCUACUAUUUCAGUUGCCAAAGAAAAUGAAACUUCAAGUGAAACACUAGAAAAGUAAGUGGGCAUGUACAUGUCAUGGCAUCUAUACGCUUCAGACCAAUGGAGCCUUAGAGUU